AAUUCUCUCUGUAUAUAAAACCUCCCCUCUCCCCUCUCCCCUCUCCUCCUCUCUUGUGCACCCCCUGGAUCUCCCUCUCCCUCUCCUCCUCUUUUGUGAGAAGAAGAAGUGCAAGAGAUUUCCCGGAAAAAAAAAUGUCGGUCCCGACGGCGUACAUGGGGAACACGUCGUUGGCGGUGUCCGACUGGCUGAACAAGGGGGACAACGCAUGGCAGAUGGUGUCGGCGACGCUGGUGGGGCUGCAGUCGGUGCCGGGGCUGGUGAUCCUGUACGGCAGCAUCGUCAAGAAGAAGUGGGCCGUCAACUCCGCCUUCAUGGCCCUCUACGCCUUCGCCGCCGUCUGGCUCUGCUGGGUCAUCUGGGCCUACAACAUGUCCUUCGGCGACAAGCUCCUCCCCUUCUGGGGCAAGGCCAAGCCCGCCCUCGGCCAGAAGUUCCUCACCCAGCAGGCCGCCCUCCCCGCCUCCACCCACUACCACAAGGACGGCACAGUGGAGACAGCGAUGGUGCAGCCGUACUACCCGAUGGCGUCGAUGGUGUACUUCCAGUGCGUGUUCGCGGCGAUCACUCUGAUACUACUCGCGGGAUCGUUGCUGGGCCGGAUGAACUUCCGGGCCUGGAUGGUCUUCGUGCCGCUCUGGCUCACCUUCUCCUACACCGUCGGCGCCUUCUCCUUGUGGGGCGGAGGGUUCCUCUUCCAGUGGGGGGUCAUCGACUACUCCGGCGGCUACGUCAUCCACCUCUCCUCCGGCGUCGCCGGAUUCACCGCCGCGUACUGGGUGGGGCCGCGGUCGACGAAGGACCGGGAGCGGUUCCCGCCGAACAACGUGCUGCUGAUGCUGACGAUGGCGGUGCUCAACACGAACAUCUGUGCAGCCACGUCGCUCCUCGUCUGGACCUGCCUCGACGUCGCCUUCUUCCACAAGCCCUCCGUCAUCGGCGCCGUCCAGGGCAUGAUCACCGGCCUCGUCUGCAUCACCCCCGGCGCCGGUCUGGUGCAAGGGUGGGCGGCGAUCGUGAUGGGCGUGCUGUCGGGCAGCAUCCCGUGGUUCACGAUGAUGGUCGUCCACAAGCGCAGCCGUCUGCUGCAGCAGGUGGACGACACGCUCGGCGUCUUCCACACCCACGCCGUGGCCGGCUUCCUCGGCGGCGCCACCACGGGCCUCUUCGCCGAGCCCGUCCUCUGCAACCUCUUCCUCCCCGUGACCAACUCCCGCGGCGCCUUCUACGGCGGCGUCGGCGGCGUGCAGUUCCUCAAGCAGGUCGCGGGCGCGCUGUUCAUCGUCGGCUGGAACGUCGUCGUGACGACCGUCAUCUGCCUCGUCGUCCGCCUGCUCCUCCCGCUCCGCAUGCCCGAGGACGAGCUCACCAUCGGCGACGACGCCGUGCACGGCGAGGAGGCCUACGCCCUCUGGGGCGACGGCGAGAAGUACGACUCGACCAGGCACGGGUGGUACUACGACGACACGACGCACCACCACCGCAACAACAACAACAACAACAACAACAAUGCGACCGCCAAUGCCGUGCCCAGCGGCGUCACACUCAACGUUUAAACGCGUGAUACACGGACUAAUUUGCUAAAAGAGAACACAAAACCGUCCACGGUUGGAUAUUUAUUAUAACGAUUUUCACUUUAUCACUCCGUAGUUCAUUCAAAAACAUGCAAAUAACCCCUCAAAUCAUUACAGGGUAAUUUGUAGAUUUUUAUAUUAUUAAAAUGCGUGAUUAAUGAACAAAUCGUCAUAUAAGUACCCGAUUGAGAUGGUUUAUCUAUAUUUUUGCGCCUCCAAAAAAAAAAAAAUAAAGACAAAAAAAAAAAAAAAA